AUGAACAGCACCGACCGUUUCCUCAGUGGCCGUGCAAAUGGCAAUGCUGCCGCCAUCGAUACCGAGCUCAGGCUCGGAUCGCAACAGUGUGAGGCUCAGCAGCCAUACUUGUGCUCAUUUUGCACAAAACCUUUCACGAGCUUGCAGACGUUGGCCGGACACCAAAUGGUGCACAGAUGGGAGGUGGAGAAACUGCGACGGAAGCACCAGGCUUUCUUGGCACGGUCGGUUGCGGCUGUGAGGUCGCUUGAUCGGGUCAAGGAAAAUGCUAGUACUACAAACUUGCAGCCGCCGAGAGAGAAGAAGCAACUUGCUGUAGAUGAUGAUGAUGACGAGGAAGAAGAAGAUGAUGAUGAUGAAGAAGAAGAAGAAGAAGAAGAAGAAGAGGAAGAAUAUGGUUCUGUCGAUCUGGAACUCAAGUUACGCGUUGGUGGUUUAGACCUUUGCUUGAGGCUCUAA